UAAAACUCGGAGCUGAGACGUUUUCAAUCGCAAUACUCUUCUUCGGAUGGCCCUGUGAAAUAACUACACAAUGAAAAAGUGUGCGGAUAAUAGACGCGUAAGUCGCAGACGAAUUACAUUGGCUUUAAUAGUGGAUGUUAUCGUUUUUCUUUUUGUUGGUAUCCCGAACCUAUAUCUAUUUCUUCGGGGAAAGCCCUUUAUCCGAGGUUUCCACUGCGAUGACCCCGCCAUCUCCCUUCCCUUCAAAUCAGACAGCAUAAGCACGUCUGUACUUACAGUCGCCGGAUUCGGGACCUCCAUCUUUUGCGCCGUCAUUGUCGAGGUAUUAAACGCCAUCAACAGGAAGUGUGUACGCGCAUGGCCAACAUGGGAAGGCUUGUUGUUCUACGCCAAGAGCGUCUCGGUGUUCAUAGUCGGGUUCGUGAUCCAAAUGCUGUUCGUGGAAUUCGUAAAGAAUCAGCUUGGAUUCUUGAGACCCAACUUUAUGGACGUGUGCCGUCCGCAGUUCAACGCAUCGCUAUGUCCCGCUUACAUAACUGAGUACACGUGCACCGGACAGGAUGCAAAAGAAAUAAUGGGCAGCCGACAGUCCUUUCCAUCCGGGCACUCGACGUUCUCAAUGUACGUCGCCAUCUUCUACUGCUUUUAUAUCCAGAGGCGACUCCACAUCAGUUUCUCGCGAACUCUGAAGUUCUUCCUGCAAGCUGCUCUCGUCUUCACUGCAUCUAUCUGCGGACUGAGUCGUAUCAGGGACCAUAAACACCAUGCCACCGACGUUAUUGUGGGAUUUGCCGUCGGCGCAAUUGUUGCCGUAUCUGUGUACAAGCUUCUUGCGGAAUACCUGCUUUUCACAAGUUCCGAUGAUUUUGUCAGUGAAUCGUCAACGUCAUCAUCAACAGUGUCACAUGACUUGUGCUGCGCAUGCACAACAAUGCAAUCCGCGAAUGUCGAACCUCAGACGCCAACGCCGUUGCUCCCAAACGACUACUUCAACGAUGAUCCGAACGCCACUGGCAGGCACACUUCCUUAAAGCUGAAAAUGACUUCUCCCGUUCUCAGCCCGUGGACAACACAAUCAGGAUUAUCCGAUCAGCAAGAACUAGUUUGAUUGUUAGUUUUGUUGUUGUAAGUUUAUCCGUGAAAGUGUAGUGAGAUAUGGUAAAUAAGGGCGAAGAUGUUUCCUCGGAUAUUCUCCACUCAAUCUACCAUAUAAAACAUAAGAUCGUUACGAAAAGUGACCAGUUUUUGUAGUUUGUAAGAAAAACACUUGUGCACAUGAUAUCUGGACUAUUUUUGCUUUUUAUUGUAUUGCUCCUACAACUUGUGAAACACAUGUAUAAUGGGAAGCAAGAGGAGCUGCAGAUUUACUGACACACUCAGGAGAUAAACAGGACUAUUGCCAGUGUCAGAUUUAAAAAAAAAUAUUUGUUGAAAUAGCAACCAUAAUUUUUGACGUAGGAAGAAAAUGAAAUGACGUGCAUAAUGUUCAUAUUACCAUCUAUACAUGUUUCAAGUUUCAUGAAAAAAUAUGACUUCUAAAGUUAUCACAGGAUCCAGAAAUUGUGCAGGAUCCACCAUUUUCAGCAGUAUUUUUAGUAUAUUUGUUGCUAUAUCAACCAGACUUCUUGACGUAAGAACAAAAUGAAAUGACGGGCAUAAUCCCCAUAUUGCCAUCUGUCCAUGUUUCAAGUGUAAUGAAAAAAUAUGAAGAACUUUUAAAGUUCAGAAAAGUUUUACAGACUGACGGACUCACGGACACACAAAGCGCAAACCAUAAGUCCCCUCCGGUGCAACCGGUAGGGGACAAUAGCAAUACUUACAAAGCAUUCUUUAGCUUACUUCAAAUGUUGUUAUGGACGGUUUAACUUUCUCGAUAUGACCUUGUUAUUGUUUAAAACAAGUGACAAAAUGAUCUUUAUGUGUCAAUAUCGUGUAACUCGUCAAAAGUAACCGCUCACAAGUUCAACUCAGUGACGUUCAUUGUUUACAUGCCUUAAGAAUUAAUGUUCCUCGGAAUAUGCAACUUCUUAAUGAAUUUUGAUUCAUCGAAUCAGGUCGCAUACACGUAUGUAAACACGUCGUUGGUUACUUUUACAUGAAAUUCAUAAAUCGGUUCAAUUGAAAAAAAAAUCAAAUAUGUUCUGUAGCAAUCUUGCUCUUUAAAUUUUUGUUUAACACGCUUGAGUUAUUUAAUUGUUUCAAAUAUUUAAUCACAGACAGUUAUUGUAUGCCUUCAAUGGUAAAUGCAACAAGGCGUGAUUUUCUUGAACAUGUGUUUAGGAUAUUACCCCAGUGUUGAUUGACGUUUUGAUUAUAAUACACAUAUAGCAUAUAAUCUUUUACACACA